AUGCCUUCCAUAUUUCAGAUAUUACGGAAAUUUAUGAAAUUCAUAGGACCUGGUAUUAUGGUCAGUGUCGCUUAUAUGGAUCCUGGUAACUAUUCAACAAGUGUAUCAGGUGGUGCACAAUUCAAAUAUCAACUAUUAUUUGCUGUAUUUGUUUCUAAUAUUUUUGCUGUUUUGUUGCAGUGUCUAUGUGUCAAAUUAGGUACUAUUACAGGGUAUGACUUAGCAGAAAAUUGUCGUCGUCAUUUACCUAGAUGGUUAAAUUUAACCUUAUAUUUCUUUGCUGAAAUUGCAAUUAUCGCUACAGAUUUAGCUGAAGUGGUUGGGACGGCCAUAGCCUUACAAAUUCUAUUUGGUAUUCCUUUAACUUAUGGUGUGAUCUUGACAGUAUUGGAUGUUCUAAUCAUAUUGAUCUUUUAUACUCCUGAAGAUGCUGAUUUGAAAAAAGUACGUGCGUUUGAAAUUUUUGUGAGUGUAUUGGUAUCCUUAACCUGUUUAUGUUUCCUACUAGAAAUGUUUAAAAUUAGUGUACCAGAUAAGAAAGAACUUUUUAAAGGGUUUAUGCCUUCAAAUGUGAUAUUUAAGAAUCAACAAGCCUUAUAUAUAUCGUUAGGUAUAUUAGGUGCUACAGUAAUGCCACAUUCUUUGUAUUUGGGUUCGUCCAUCGUGAAACCAAGAUUAAACCAUUAUGAUAAGAAGAAGUACGGUAAAGUUAGUGAAAGACCAAGUUUAAGUGCCAUCAAUUACUCUUUGCAUUUUUCUUACGCAGAAUUAAUCAUUUCUUUGUUUUUAAUUGCCACCUUUGUUAACUCUGCAAUCUUAAUUGUUGCUGGUGCAAGUUUGGCUGGUAAGCCAGAAGCAGCUGAUGCAGACUUACUUUCUAUUUAUGAACUUUUAGUUCAUUACAUAUCUCCAGCAGCUGGUUUGAUUUUUGCUUUGGCCAUGUUAUUCUCAGGUCAAUCUGCAGGUAUCAUAUGCACAAUGGCAGGUCAAAUUGUCUCCGAAGGUUUUAUCCAGUGGACUUUACCUCCUUGGGCCACUAGAUUGUGUACCAGAUUGAUAGCCAUCAUUCCAUGUCUAUUUGUUACUUUGACGAUGGGUGAACGUGGUAUCUCAGAUAUCUUAAACUUGUCACAAGUUGUGUUAUCUUUGAUUUUACCAAUUGUCUCAGCACCAUUAAUCUACUUCACUGCCAAUAGAAAGAUUAUGACUGUCCAUGAUGAACAUCAUGAGCUAGAUCAUAUUGAUGACCAGGAUAAUGUAGAUGAAAAUACAUCUUUGGUACGUCAUAGUACCGGUAUGAAAACGGUAGAUUUCACUAAUAGUAAUCUGUUAACAUUUUCUGCAGUUGCAGUGUGGGCUACCAUCGGUGGUUUGAAUUGUUACUUAGUCGGAUCCUUCCUAAUGGGUGGAGACGUUCAUUUCUAA